AUGUUGGCUUGGGAAGAGCAAAACCAACAGUCGGAGAGCGAUGACGACGACGCCGAAAACUAUGGCAAGAGAGAGCAGAUUAACAGCGACGACGACGACGAUGAUGAUGAUGAUGACAACAGAAAUGAAGAAAACAGCGAAGAUGAAGAUGACGAACAACACAAGAUCCAGAAGGCCAUAAACGCCGUGAAGAAUAUCUUCAACCGCAAGACGACCAAGGCCGAGGUUGACCGCUUCAUGAAUGAGCACAGUGAUGUUAUAAAACAGCCCGCUUCUACUGGAGAAACAUUCUUGCACAGACUCAUCGAGACGGUGCAUCGCAGAGAUGGCGAGAACCCACUGAAUUCCCAACACGUUAAGCCGCUCAUUAGGGGAAUUGUACGCCAGUUUCCAUAUCUGCUACGAAUUCCCAAUGGUGAUGAUCAAACCCCUCUUUACCAAGCGAUCAAGCUCAAAAGAUACACUUGGAGUCUUAUAGAACCCAUGCUGAAAAGUACUAAGGACCGUAAGUGUGUCAAAGACGCACUUGAGAAGCCAUGCAGCGACGGGGGAGCCCUGAAAACCUGUUUGACACUAGCCUUUGAGAAGGAUCUCAAAUCUGAUAUUCUCGAAAAGCUACUUAGUUACGCCGGUGACAAAGCCUUGAAGCUUAUAGAUGGCUCUGGAAUGGCUCCAUUGCAUCUUGCUGUGCAAUAUGCACAAUGUAAUGACGAGAGGGUCGAAAUCAUCAGGCUUCUUCUUCGUCAAGAUGACACAGUUCUGAGGAGACUGAAAAAGAGUAACCCUCACCAACCUGUGGAGACAUUUUUGGAUAGAAAAUGCACAAGGAGAGGGCAAAUUGUAGAAUAUUCGGUCUACGGUGAGCACGAAAGAUCAUCGAAAGCUUACUUGGCUAUGGAGAGUAGCAAGGAUUCCCAGACUACUCCGCGAGAACCACUCUUGAAUCAGAUGCACAAUAGAGUGCAGGAUCUGGAUCCGGACAAGGCUCCGCCAACAUUGGCUGAUUAUAAAGGGCCAAAAGGGCCAAAAGGGCCAAAAGGGCCAAAGGAUCAAGGUGCUGUGAGUCGUGGUGAUGGAGCUCAGGGACUCGAAGAAGAUGGUCUAAGACAACGGCAAGAGCUGGAGAGACUGGAUGAAAGGGAGCGGAAGCGUCGUCAGCUGAGGGAAAAAGAAGAGAAAAAUAGGCAAGAAAGGACUGCACAGGAGAAGAAUGGACAACAAGAAAGAGAAUUAAAGACAGACGAGAGGCAAGCAAGAUAUGAAGCCGCCGAAAGUGAGAGAUCGCGCACGAGACAACCUAUUGCACAAGAUGCAGCAGAAAACUACCUCAACCCGACAUCUACAACAUCUUUAUCUGGGCGGGAUCAAGUGGCGAAUACACGCUUGAAGAGAGCCCCUACAAAAGAUCUUCAGGCCAACGCCGAUGAAGAAGGAAGAUACAUACUAAAUGUGAACACGCGGGAAAAAAAAGAUAUUCAAAUUUAUUUCGAUUACAGUGGUCUCCCGGAUCAGAUAGAUAGCCAUACCUUUGAGGAGAGAUUUGGCAAAGAUGCGACUAGUGGGAUUCGCUUCGAUGAAGUGCUGAUGUAUGUGCGGUUCCCACAAGUGACCGUUACACGCAAGGGGAAAAAUGCCCGACAGCCUCGGCCCAAGGGUCGGGAUGAUAUGGAAUUCUUCUUUGGCUGGCUGCAUCGCAAGGGUGUACGCCGUAUUCUCCGGGUUGAAGUUGAUGAUGGGGGGAGAACUCCACACGGCGACGAAUCUAUCCAAAACUCUCUCGACAAGAUUAUAAUUGAGCACCUUGACUGGUCGAAGCUAGAUUUAGAUCCUCGUCUUAUCUGUCAAAUCAGCAGCAACGCGGAGAUGACCGAUGUUGAUCUUGAAGCUGAGCCAUUGACUGAAUCUAGAAAUGAGUUGCGAGAAAUCACACUUCAAUGGAGUGGCAACAACGCUGUUUUAAGAGCUUGGAGCGAAAUUAACGGCUUGCCACAACUACCAAAGCUCCAGAUGGUCAACCUCAACAUUCCUACACAGACAGAUCUAUAUGACUCCGAAAGUUGGGUGAAUUCGAGAAUUGAUGAAUUUCAACAACUUCUGAACCAAAAUGCUCGUCAGCUUGACGCCAACAGACAAGCAACCACUGACCACGAAGUUGAAAAAGAAUCAGAGUCAACUAAAUCUCUCGUACAAGAUAAGGAGAAAAAGAUCGAGGUUAAAGUAACUAUGGGCAAAAAGGGAACUGAACCGUUUACAACUUCAGGUACCGGUGCAAUUAUAUCAACCGAAAAACCAACUCCAUUCACAGAGCACGAAUGGAUCACCUACAUGGAAAGGUUUGCAGGAUGUAUGAACUCAUUGUGGCAAGAGACGCUAGAGAAAUUUGAUGAAAGUGCCAGGAGGGAUCAAAAUGAUGCCCGCCCUCCAAACAAGGACAUUCGAAAUCUUACUAGCUUGAAAGAGGAUGUCGUUGUCGCAUUAAUCGACGAUGGAGUUGACUCAUGUGAUUCCGCCUUUGCAGGCCGUAUUAUUGAAGGCAAAACAUUUGACUAUCAAGAGGGAAGCGUGGGACAGCAUUACAUAUCUGCGAGAGGCCAUGGAACUGAAAUGGCGCGGAUGAUAUUGAAAGCCUGCCCAAUGGCAAGCAUCUACUCGAUCCGUCUCAAGACGCACAUCAGUCCAGAAAAAGGACAAGCUACAAUCGACGUAUUUUCUGCAGCCUCGGCCAUUGAAGCCGCAUUAGACAAGAAGGCAACUAUUAUUUCCAUGUCAUGGACCAUACCAGUACCCGCGGAUGGGAGCAAAGAAAAGCAGCGUUUAGACAGCGUGCUCAAGAGAGCAUGUAGUGAAAAGGUUCUCAUGUUCUGCUCAUCUUCGGACCAGAUUAGUACGACUCAGCACUAUCCCUCGGCCUACAAACGCAACCAGUUCUUGCUCAUAGGCGCUGCACACGACGAUGGCUCAGCUUAUGGCCACGCAGGAAGAGACAACGACUUCAUCUUCCCCGGGGUCAAUGUACGCACCAACGACGGUUCAGGUCUUCUGCCUUCAUAUCUCGCAACCAAGACUUUUAUGACAACGGAGUCAACGGGCUCCAGUAUUGCCACGGCUUUGGCAGCUGGCUUUGCAGCUAUCAUCAUAUACUGUUUCAAAGCGAGUGUACUGGGUAUCGCCAUUACCAGGAUAAGAAGCAGUAGCUUUAUAGAUGAGGCUGAUAUUGUCAGACCAAUGGACCUCGACAAGCUUUCAGACCCAAAUGUCCUCAAGAUGGCGUUUAGCAGGAUCGGCGAGAUGGAGAACGGCUCCUUUAUUCCGAUUUGGGAAAAAUUCAAGGACGCAAUUGGGGAAUUGCAGCCUGAGAAUGAGUAUAAAAAGAAGUCGUCGUAUAUAAGCAACUUCUGCUCCAAUCUUAUUGACCGAUAG